AUGUCAACAACCCCAGCGGCCAACGACUCCUUUCCCCCGGUGCUCCUGGGGGAUCCCACAGUGCGCAACGCGGUGAAGGUCACCACCGGGGUGGCCUUCGGCUUCAUCUUCCUGACGGGAGUGACCGGGAACGGGGUGGUCUUGUGGGUCACCGGCUGGAAGCUCCGCUGGACGUCGAACACCGUCUGGUUUUUCAACCUCGCCUUGGCUGACCUGGCUUCCACCUCCCUGGUCCUGGUCACCGUGCUGAACCUGGCCCUCGACCUGGACUGGCCGUUUGGCUCCGUGGCCUGCAAGGUGGCCAAUUGCCUCUUUGGGCUCAGCCUAUGCAGCGGGGUGCUGCUGCUGAGCUCCAUCAGCGUGGACCGCUGCGUGCUCGUGGUGGCCCCCGUCUGGUGCCAGAACUACCGUACCCCGCGGCUCACCUGGGUGGCUUGCGGAGCCCUCUGGCUGCUUUCCUUGGCUUUCUUCGUCCCCAGCUCUUACUUCUUCACCGAAACCUUGGUGGAGAAGAACCGGACCUCCUGCAGCAACCUGGACGUCUUCCAGGACUGGCAGGAAGCCGAAGUCCUCACCAUCUGCAUCUUUCUCUACCAGUUCCUCAUGCCGUUGCUCGUCAUCUCCAUCUCCUACACAAUUCUGGUGGUGACCAUGCGCAAGAAGAAGUUCAACAAGUCCAGCAAGCCCUUGGUGGUGGUCACCAGGGUCACAUUCUGCUUCUUCCUCUGCUGGCUGCCCUACCACGCCCUGGCGCUGGCCAGGAUCUCCAUGGAUGCCGUCCCGGACGUCGUGCGCAUGGUGGCCAUCCCUCUCUCCAAGUGCAUGGCCAUGUUCAACAGCUGCAUCAACCCGUUGCUCUACGUCUUUGUGGGACAGGAGUUCCAGGACGCUGUGAGGAGGUCCCUGCUGCAGGUCUUCAAGACGGCUUUCGAGGAGGCGCCGAUAGCAGCCAAUGUUUGA